UGUGUCCGGUAUCAGUUAAUGAAAUGGACAGUUCUAUACAGUGAUAUGUUUGUUGAAUAGUGAUAGUAUCAGGCAGCUCUUCUGUUAAAUAUGGGGGAUAUAUUGAUUCGUCUUGCUGUGUGAAUAUACCAAGGGGAAUUUAUUCCUUAAAUAGUGUAUAUAUACGUGAUUCGAUUUUCUUCGUAACAACUGGUAUUUUUAAACACCCUUCAAAGCUGAAGAUUGAUAUCUCACAAUUAAGGAUCUGAACUCUACUCUUUAAGAGGUUUUUUUUCUUGGUAUCGUUAGACUUGCAUUCACCGUGGCUGAUUCCUACCAAGUCCCCCCACCAAAGGAACCAACCAAGAUGGACUGGUUCCGAAUUAAUGACUUUUUCAUGUCCAUUAUAACUUUAUUAACUUAUAUUGUGGACCAAAUUUACAGCAUUGAAUACCGUAGGGGCUUCAGAAAGUUGUGUUCUGUGCUGAAGACCAUGGGGAACACUUUGGGAGUCCAAACAUGGAGCGACCCGGGGGACAGGAGGAAAAAAGAGGUCCUGGAAUCCCGGAAUCGAUACAUAGAGGAACAGUUCAAGCUAGACGAUGACGAGGAAUUGGAUGAAGUGGACAGUGGUGCUAUCAACGCCAAAGCAUAUGUUGCUAAGUUACGAGCUGCGGUAAAAAUGAGAGGGGCCUAUCAUCGAACACGGAAACUGAAGAAGAUGCCGUCCGUCCUAAACGACAUCGAAAUCAAGGCCAUGCAGAUAAACCCUAAAGACCACUCGUACCCCUUUGAGAACCUCGUGUUUGAGGGAGGGGGAAAUAAAGGCCUGGCCUACUGCGGGGCCGUCAGGGCCUUGGAAGAGUUGAAGCUAAUGGAUCAGGUGAAGAGAUUUGCCGGGGCUAGCGCUGGCGCUAUGACGGCUUCUCUGCUGGCAGUGGGGUUCAACUCAAAGGAAAUUCAAGGCUUCCUAAGCCAGAAUAUGGCCACUAUGUUUCUAGAUGCUAAGUUUGGAGUUCUUAGCCUUUUGCCUAACCUAUUGUCUGGCUAUGGCUGGAACCCUGGAAAUAGGAUAUACAACUGGUUUGGAGAGAAAAUGGAACAAAAGAUGGGGAACAAAGACGUCACCUUUGGGGAGCUUUAUGAAAAAACUGGAAAAGAACUCUGUGUUGUCGUGACAAAUCUAAAUCACAUGACUGAAGAGUAUUGUCACGUGAAAACAACACCGGACAUGCCUAUUAGAUUAGCAGUGCGCAUGUCCAUGGCAAUUCCAGGAAUGUUUCAAGCCACAAAUUACACAUACAAUGGAGAAACAAAUACUUACGUAGAUGGAGGGGUGAUAUGUAACUAUCCAAUACACUGUUAUGAUGGCUGGUGGCUUUCUAUGGACUCCAAUGACAGUUUUCUGGAGAAGCUUCAGCCAUUAGAUGAUCUUCCUCGGUUGUUAGACAGACGAGUGAGAUUUAAACGAGAGUACAAAGAUCCAUUGAAAACACUGGGUUUUCUACUGUAUGCAGAUUCAGAGACAGAUGUGUUCAGAUUUAUGUUGGAGAAAAGAAUAGGUGUACAUUUAGAUCCAUCUCCCAAUACAAAACUAGCAACAAUGAAAAUGGAACGAAAAAAAGUUCAAGAAAAAGCAAAACGAGAACACAGACGAGUCAUGAUGGCCGUGGAUGAAUUUUUGAAGGUUUUAAGAAAACAUAAUUUGGACAAAGACCAUACCAUUAGUAGAGCAGAAUUAGAAAAUGCUUUUAAGGACGAAGAGUUUACCAAGAAAAGCAGUGAAAUGUUAUUUGGAAAAGACUGUACUGUUCAAAAGGCGUUUGAAAUUCUAGACAAGGAUGGAAAUGGAGAGAUUAAUUUCAAUGAGUUGAUCAAUUUCAUCCAAGGGACAGGGAUCAGCCUCCAGCAGCGUUUCCUAGGUUACCAGAGGAGGGACAUUAAUGGAAUUUUUGAAUUUUUUGACACGCUACAGAACGCUUUGUUAACAAACGUUAAACGUGCCUUUGUCAACGAUCAGGAUUUAGAUAGAACGGUCGGAAUCAACACUGGCCAUGUGGGGACCUCAGACUUCGUGCUGGAAGAGGAUGACAGACUAUUCGCUGUUCAACAAGGAUACAAAUCUACGAUGACUUUUUUGAGAUAUUUUGCGGCCAAAGAAGAACUUGAAAAAAGUGCUGAUGAAUCAGUUAGGGAAAGGAUACUCUCUUUGUCCCAUGGGGACGGGGGUAAAAUUGAAGAGGGUGACGAAAUGGAUGACGUGGAGGAUGACGUCAUGGAAGAAAGCCUGGGUGAACUGGAUGCACUUGUUGGUGCUUAUGCUAAUGCUGCUGCUGCUGCAAACACACAUUCAAAUGGAACAGUUGCAAAAGGAUGACAUUUACAAGAGGACAUUUUAGAAAGGAACGAAAACCUUGGAUCCCACAAAUUCAUGUUUUGGUUUCAAAUUCUGAACUGGAAUCCCUUAUUCCAGAUAUGUCUCUCACGAACGACCAUUUUGUAAUGAACACUCAUUGUUGCUUCAUUCCAAGAGAGAUACCGAAAUUUUAAUGGAUUAAACAGAAAAUCCAAUGCUGCUUUGUUUCAUACAUGUUUGUUUUUAUAUGUUUUGAUUUUCAAUUAGUUUUUUAUGUAUUUGUGUUCAUGAAAAUAAAAUUUAAACAUAUGUUA